AUGAAGAACUUGCUGUUUUUGUUCGGCUUGGUUGCGCUUACGAGUGCUGUCAACAACUCUGAAUAUUAUGAAAAACUGGGCGUGGAUAAAUCGGCGACUAGCAAGGAGAUCAGAAAGGCAUUCAAGAAGCUGGCACUUACGAUGCACCCGGACAAGUCAGACGACCCGGACGCGCAUGAAAAAUUCAUGGAACUGAAUAAAAUUUACGAGGUUCUAAAAGACGAUGAAACGAGAAAGAAGUACGAUCGUUGGGGCGAAAAAGGUUUGGAAGAAGGAUUCGGCGGAAAUCGCUAUGAAUCCUGGAGCUUUUUCCAAGAAGAAUUCGGACUCUACGAUGACGACCAGGAAGUACAUGUGUUUGAUGCUGUCGAGCUGCAGGCAGCGAUGGCGUCAGAUGAUGUCUGGAUGAUCAAGUUUUAUUCGGAGCGAUGUUCUCAUUGUCACGACAUGGCCCCCGCCUGGAGAGAAGCAGCGAUUCAACUGGAAGGAAUCGUCAAGCUUGGAGCAAUCAGCUGUCGAGAUUAUCGAAGAACCUGCAUGAACAUCGGCAUCACCGGCUACCCAACAGUAAUGGUCUUUGAGCAAGGGGCGCAGCGAUACCAAAUUUAUCACGGAGGAAAAUUCGUCAGAAGAGGAAAGAAGUUCACGCUCCCAAAGACCGUCGAGAAUUUCGUGGAUUUUGGCGUCAAAAGCGUUUCCCAUCGAGUCCGAGCGCUGAAUGGAAUCGUUUCUUUGCCCAACUUCAUCAAGAAACCUUGUGUUUAUAUCUUGUCCGACGCUGAUGGCGAAUUUAAUUACCCGAAGAUCCCAUUCGAGUACCAACUUUCCGUCGGUUUUGGUCAGGAUGCUUAUGCUCUCAAAAUCGACUGCACGAAAGAUGUUUUGCCAGAACUCUGCAAGAGGAAAUCGUCGACGGAAGAGAGCAUGUUCGUUUUCCCAGCUGGCGUCAGUCCUGUUGAUUCGGCGGAGAAAGGAGUUGAGCUUGAUGGAUUUAUCGCGAAAGAAGUUAUUUUAAAAACUCUUAGUUUGAUUCAAGUGCCCGAGAUUUUAGACCCAAAAAUCCUCGACAACAUUCACAACGAAAAGAAAAUCAUCGCUCUUGACUUUGGAACAUUCUCUGAAGAGCAAAAACUUGUCCUCAAACGACUGCCCAACUAUUUCGUGAAGAACUCGAACAUUUUCCGAAAGGCCGACCCGUUCGCUAUCGUCGACUGUACUGAUGGACUUAUGAGAGCAUCGUGCUCCAAGAUCUUUGGGAGUAAGACCAAUUUGCUGAUCUUCUCAGGACAUGGAAAAGGCGCGUUUGAAGUCUUCCACGACGACUGGAACCUGAUGAACAUCGGCGAAUUCGCCAAAGAAGUGCUCAAGACUAGAAUGCACACUCCGUCCCUUUCAUCGCUCGAUGAGCUGCUCUCCGAUGGCUCGGAAUGGAUUCUUGAUUUCUCAGCGCCUUGGUGCCCUCCGUGUAAUAACUUUUUACCCCACGUCCGUCACGCUUCAACGAUUCUGGCACAGAAGAACGUUAAAAUUGCCUACAUAGAUUGCGAGACCUAUCCAGGAAUCUGCAACAAGUACGGAAUCAGAAGCUAUCCAACUCUUCAAUUUUACGGAACAGACAAGGCUGGAAAGCAAGUGAAAGAGACAUACAGCGGCGACUACGACUGGCAAGCGCUUGUUGAAUUUUACGAGGAUAUCAAAAACCCCAGUGUCCGAAAACUCGAUGCGAAAAUUUGGCGAGAAGAAAUCAUGCACCGCCCCCACGAGGAAAUUUGGUUCAUUGACUUUGCUGCGAGCUGGUGUCGACCCUGUAAUCGAAUGUUCCCUGAGUUCAAAAGUGCUGCCAAGCAGCUUCAAGGAACGGUUAAAUUUGGCCACGUUGAAUGUCCGGAAAACCAGGAGCUCUGCGAAAGUCUCGGGAUUCGAUCAUAUCCAACGCUGAAAUACCUUGCUCCACGAAAGCAGGGCUCUCCCGUCAACACACCGCAAACGUUCCCAUAUCAGCAAAGAGAUGAAUUCGCAUUUAUUCACUUCUUAUCGUCCGAGCUCAAUCGCUUCUCACCAAUCGCAAAUGCCUCGCCUCAGAAGAAUAUCUUCAACUACAUUCAGAGAGUUCACCAAGAUGGAAGACAUGUUUUGAUCGAUUUUUAUGCCAAUUGGUGCAGGCCUUGUAAACAGUUUGAGCCUUACUAUCAGCUUGCUUCCAUAAAGUACAAGGAGACCGUUUUAUUCGCGAAAGUGGACUGUGCGAGCUCAGCGCAUCUCUGCCGCGGACUCAAUCUCGCGGAGUAUCCAACAUUGAUGUUCUUCCCACACGGCGGAGGCCAGCGAAGUAUCAUCCAGACCGAGUUCGACAUCAAAGACGUCCAGGAUCAGUUAGACCGCGUUCUAGCGAGAGCUCCAAAACUCCCUCCUAAACCCGAUCCUAAAGACGAGCUGUAG